UACUUGCAACGGGAAUCUAUAUUAUAUUUCAAGGUGCGAACCGAACAUUAAUAAUAAAGCUACGUCUUAACGUUUUGACUCUUAUGCACGUUUAUUUGUUUUAUAUGUAUUGUAGAGUGUUAACCUAUGUAUGUUUAUAUUUUGUAAAGACCAUUACAGGCUGGACAAUCUAUCAAACAGUGGACUGAUUACAUGGAAUCUAAUUUGAGAAUUAGAUUGAAGAAAUCGGAGAGUGAAGUUGAAAUACUUCAGAAACAUCGAGGCGACAUAAGGGACAUGAUAUACAAGUUGCAAAUGAUAGUUGGGUGGCAGAUGGACGAUUCCGAAUCUCGAGCAUAUGGCAGUGAAACCCGCAAACGUCUUGAACAGUUAGUUGAGAAACUCGUAGAAAUAUCAAGCAACGUUAACGAAGAACUAUCUAACCUAGAACGAGAAUGCUCCACAGCUCUUAACCGCUCAGAAACGAACACAUCGGUGGAAGAAGAAAUAGGAAACAACGUCUAUGAAAAUCCCACAGAGCAAUUUCACAAAUACCAGAAUGCUGCAGUGGAUCUUAUGAUGAUACUGAACGGGCAUUUCCAGACGAUAGCUCGUUUUCCUGAAGAAUAUGACAAUAGAUGUAGAACAUUUCACAUCUUCGGUAUUAUGCAGGACAAAUUAGCAAAUGUAAGACUGGAGGAUCAUUUUGGGACAUUGUAA